AUGCUGCCUGUGCCGUUUCAAUACGUGGACUCUGUGAGCAAGACGACGGUUCAUCCGUUUCACAGCUUUCCCAGCAGCCGGCCGCGGGAAAGCGAACCAGCUCUCCGUGAACUACCUACCUACUCCGGUCCCGCACUCCCCGAUCAACCCUACGGCGUCUCUGCCGGUACUUGUCUCCCCCGAGUCCUCCCGCUCAAGCCCUCCGGCUACACCGUUCAGCCGCCGCCGUACUACCCUAGCCGGACAAACAGUCUCGAGGUCAAGCCUCUUCGUCUUGUUCGUGCAUCUCGCAAGCGCCGACCUCCUAAGCGACCGCCGCCGCCGCCGAGCUAUCAGGAGAGCUACUCGCACACUCUGUACAAGUCCGUGACGACGCUGAGCUUUGAAUCACCCGAUCCACCUCCCCCCUACUUUGAGAAAAUGGCCACUCAGAACAUCAUGCCCAAGGUCGGUACCACGGCCCUCCCAUCGGGCCAGGGCGCUCCGGGCUCCAGCCCCGGUAGCAGCCCUGCCCGGUCCGCCGAUAACAUCCUGGCUGACCUGCGCCGGCAGCUCGACGACUCGGCUUCCGAGGUUUCCAGCGUCGACUCCCAGGGCCGACGCCGCCGCCGCCGCAACAACAAGCAGCUCGCCACCCGGGAUGGCAUCAAGACCGGGGCCGUGCUGCCCCGUCUCGCCGAGACCAAGCCCGUCCGCCUCCAGCUGGGACUGAACUUGGAUGUCGAGGUUGAGCUCAAGGCGCGCCUCCAGGGCGAUGUGUCAUUGACUCUACUGCAAUAG